GAUGUGUGUAAAUAAACUGAAUAAAAUGUUAGGGAGUACUUAAUGGUAUAAACAUUACUCUUCGGGACUGAAAGGCAUGCUCGAUGGAUUUCCUCAAGGAGAAUUGGAUGGCUCCAUAGACCUGGCUGUGGGUGCAGAGACAGCAGCUCAUUACACUAAUGCACAGGGUCCUGCUGGAAGGAAAAUCACGAGACUAAUAUCUUUAAUGCUGCAGUUAUAGCAUAGCGCCUGACAGUAGGAGACGUCUGCACCAACCACUAAAGCUCUGGUUUUUCUGCAGCAAACGGGAGAAGACUUUCCAAAUAUUAUUUUCGUUUUUUAAGCUAGGUCAAACAGUGUGCCAAUGACACUGAAAAGCAGGAGAGAGUUUGGGGGAAUAAAAAACAAUAGAUGAAUAGAUAGGAAAAAUGCAUUUUCGACUCUUUCACCAGUAGUGGGUUGACCGAAUCUUGUCCUUUUUCGAGUCUGUCCUCAAACUAUCUAAUGAUGAAAUGUUUUACCACAGGGGGACCAUGGUUAUGUUGAAGAUCUCCGCUUUCCUUGUUGCCUAUGCUCUGAUUAUUUGCCAGAUGUACAGCUCUAAUGCAGCUCCUGCCAGGCCUGCACUGGAAUCAUCACCAGAUCGAACUACGCUUACCGACUACGAAGCGAGAAGAUUGCUGCAUGCAAUUGUCAAAGAAUUUAUGCAGAUGACCGCGGAGGACAUGGAGCAACAGUCAGCUGAGGAAAACAGUGUUACAACACAGAAGAGAGCUUGUAACACGGCCACAUGUGUGACCCAUCGCCUGGCAGACUUCCUGAGCCGCUCGGGGGGAAUUGGAAGCAGCAAAUUUGUCCCAACUAAUGUGGGCUCUCAGGCGUUCGGCAGACGAAGGAGGCUCAGUCUGGAGUAGUCAACUGAAUGGGUCUUUGUGAAAUGGUCACCAGUCUACACGUCCACAGUUCUUCUUUGAUUGCUGUCAAUAAAAGAGAAAGCAUCAUGUCCACAUUAUGACCCCUGGGAAUGGAAACUCCUUAUUUUCAUCUGAAUGGACUCCAAUUGAUAGCACUGAUCGUUUCCAUCCAGCCAGACAUUAUAACUGCUCCUUUUUUUUUGUCUCUUCCAUGAAGCAACAUAAGUUAAAAAAGAAAAGAGAACGCUGUGAUCAGUAGCCCUCAUUUUUCUACUCAUGUGGAUCCGAGGAAGUGCAUUGCUUCUUUCUUUCCUCUCAGAAGAGAGCACAUUCAGUAUGUACAGUAUGGUUUGGCCCACGUUCCUUUAAUGUGUCUCAGCACAUUACAGUAUUUUGGGGAUCAUAUUAAAGCAGUGCCUCAUAAAAAGGCUUCCCUGAAUAUGGAUGUGUCUUGUGCCUUGAUGUAACACACUUUUACAUGCCGCUGUUGUACAGUAAUGUUUGAAUUAAAGGAAGGAGGUUCUACGACUGAAUUACAAAUUGUAACAAUUGUGAAUUUGAGCAAGAUUAAAAUGUAUUUUAGAUACAUAAGG